AUGUCAGAACGAGCAGCAAAUGAACUAGGGGGAUACAUGCUCCAGGGUUGGAUUUUGACUGACAGGACUUGUCCAACAUCUGGCUGCAAAUGGCCUCUAUUACGAUCUCCCAAAGACCAGUCGUCGUUUUGUGCAAAUUGCGACGCGAAGCAAGGGCAGAGCUCCUUAACCACGGUUCUUGAUACCCCGAUCUCAUCACGUCCAUCGUCGGCCUCGCAUGUUUCUCGCUCAUCGACACCACCAACAGAAGUCUCUAUGAGAGCAGAUUCUCCUGGGUUUGAACUACCUCCAGAGAGUGAGGCUUCGCGCAGACGCCGCGAGCAAUCGGAUCGGGCUUCGUCAGAAAUCGGUAAACGACUGCUGAAGGGAUGGGCGAUGCUAGCGGAAGAAUGCCCAAAUACUGAUUGCUAUGGAGUUCCCCUUGUCCGUCCUCCAAGCUCUUCCCCGGGGAUCAAAGAUCCACGAAUGGAAUGCGUAGUCUGUACCAAUGUUUACGUUUCCGAAGUGGAUUCUCGAGGCUUUAGUGUAAUUGUGCCCUUCGCCACGCAGACGGAAGUACAGCCAUCUCCUCCAAUCACCUCAAACACCACAGGGCGGCUCACCAGCGAACAGGCAUCACAUACUGAGCCUUUCGUCAUCGCGCCGCCACCCCAAAAUGAAACGAUUGCACAGGUAUAUAUCUCUUUGUCAACCUUUGGAUCUGCCUAA